AUGAACAACAAUAAACUGAUUGCCAGUCGCCACUGCCGGCUGGUGGGACCGUUAUGUGUGCUAUUAACUGCAGUAGGUGCAUCCAACGCCUGCCGCGCGCGUCGCUCGGGCCGGCACGCGCGGGUGCCGUUCACGGGCGCGCAGGCGGCGGCGCUGGAGGCAGCGUAUGCGCGGGCGCCCUACCUCGCCCCACCGGCGCUGCGAGCCCUGGCAGCCGCGUUGCAACUUCGAGACGAUCGGAUAAAAAUAUGGUUCCAAAACAGAAGAGCUCGUGAAAGAAGAGAAAAAUCAGGAUCCAUUACACCACCUCGCGCAGUGACUCUACCAUCAACCGCUUCACCCCCCACCACUUCAAACCCAUGGAUUCCAACCAACAAUCAAGCUUUACAUACUUCAUUUAAUAUCAGGCCACAUGGAAUCAAUAACUUUGUAGAAGUAACACACAAUUCAUAUAACAUCAGAAGUGACAUCAAUAAUUUUGGAGAGAGUACUAGUGUAGCAAAUAAGUAUCUCAGUCAGUCUUAUAGCAGCACGUCAGAUGAUUCUAAUGGCAGUAGAUGUGAUUCCCCAUUAGACGUUGAGAAUGUUGAUUGACAUUCAACUAAUAUUGGCUUAAGAUAACAAGCAGAUCUUGCCUCUUAGUAAAAAUAUCAGGGACAUACUCGAUAUACACAUAGAUAGGAAGGAGAA